GGCUGGAUCGGGUCAUCAGGCUGGAUCGGGUCAUCAGGCUGGAUCGCGUAUACCAGAUCAAACUGGAUCGGGUCAUCAGGCCGGAUCGGAUCGUCAGGCUGGGUAGGAACAUCAGCCCGGGUAGCGUACACUGGGUCAUUGGGCAUCAGGCUGAAUUGCGGGCGCCGGGGCACCAGGCUGAACCAUAGAAGGCAGGUUCUCAGACGGCAGGCUGACCGGUUUGGAUACUGGCAGGAUGGUACUGGUUGGAAAGAAUUUUCGCCUUUUCCUGGUUUUAGUUACUGGAGCACUGUAAGUAAGCGCAGGUUUGUAAAC